GCUUCACCCGCGACUCGACUCCACCCCUCCAUGCGAAUUCACUUUGUUGCACAUACCGACAGACGUUGGUGACAUGCGAUAGCCCAGCAGUCAUCAUGAGCGCCGUUGAAGCGCUGUACAUCUACGACGAGCACAAUUCGCUGCUCUUCAGUCACAUCUACACCGGCAAGCCUCCUCCACCAUCAGUGCUCCUCCCUCUCUACCUGCAACAUGAAUCACCGCGACCAAGCGUCAUAUACUUGACCUCGACAAAUCCACCCACUGCUCUGUUCUCCGUGAUCCAGGACAACCUACUCUUUCUCUCGCCCGCAUCGAGCGACAUAGAGCCUUUGCUAGUACUGGAAUUUCUGCACCGAGUCGCCGAUGCCUUUGAGGAAUUCUUGGGUAGCCCCUUGAUCGCCACCAAGCUAUCUGCAAACUAUGAUAUCGUGGCACAAAUUGUGGCCGAAAUGGCCGACUCUGGGGUGAUAUGUCAAGGCGAGGCCAGUGCCCUCAGAGAUGUGGUCGAGACCGGGCCAGGAGUACUGAAGAACUUACUCGGUGGCGUAGGUUUGCCCGGAUCAAGUCCCAACCUGCAAGCUAUAGGAUCGGGAGCGCUUUCGAGGCCGUCGCUCUCGCCUGCACAAACAAACCAGGGCUCAGCAGUGCCCUGGCGGCGGAGCAACGUCGUGCAUUCGAACAAUGAAAUGUACGUGGAUAUCAUUGAGAGCUUGCAGGUCACGCUCGCGCCUUCCGGACGACCGCUUUCCGCUUUCGCAAACGGGAGUAUUGUGUUCAACUCCAAGCUCAGUGGUGUCCCCGAUCUUCUACUCAGCUUGUCCACGGGUGGCAAAGGAGCAGGAAUGGGCACGCGAGGCGAUCAGCUGCGAAAUGUUAUGGAGCGCAUAGUGUUCCAUCCUUGCGUGAGACUUGCCAAGUGGAAGGCUGAAGGUGUCAUGUCUUUCGUGCCGCCGGAUGGACGUUUUGCGCUCUGUGGCUACGAAACCGACCUUCUGGGCCCAGAGGUCAACUUCAGCACAUCAAAAUCAGCGUCGAACAGCUUGAACCUACCUACUACUGUCGAAAUCACGACUGGCCUUGGCCCCUAUGGUGCUGAUUUUGAAGUCCGCGCUAAGCAGAAUUCGAGCAGCUUCUCGCCAGCUGCUGCAUCACUUCAAUCGAAUCUGGGUGCUGGACGACCGGGUGCAGCAUUCCGUGCCGCUGGGCCUUCCGGCCAGUCCAAUGCGCCAGCACUAGAGGAUGUGACGAUACACGUCCCGCUCCCUCCUGCAGUCCGCAAUCUGAGUGAUAUGCGCCCCAGUAAAGGGGAAGCGCAUUGGAAUCCAGCGGACGGAAGUGUUGAGUGGAGGAUACCAACGAAGGACUUCGGUCCGGGUGGAGCUGUCCUUCGAUGCACAGUCCAGGGACCUCUCAAUGAAGAUAACGACGACAGCAGCACGGGCAUUGUGAACGGCAUGACAGCGACGACUUACGACUAUGAUGAAGAGCCUGCGGGUUCCCAGGCCCAAGGGAGAGGUGGAUCGAAGACAAAUGGGGCAGACGCGGGCGCACGUACGGACAGGAAUAGAGAGCUCAUGCCUGCUACUGCCACAUUGAGCUUCAAUGUGAGGGGCUGGCUGGCGUCUGGUCUGAAGGUGGAAAGUCUAGUCUUGGACAUGAAGAAGAGUCGUGGUAUUGUACAAGGCAUGAAGCCGUACAAGGGUGUAAAAUUCUUGACUGUCAGUCGCAAGGGAGUAGAAGUACGAUGCUGAGAACAUAGCAACAUCUCGCCAGUCAGUACAUUCGAGAAUCCGAAUCUCGAAACCUCCAGAUGCUGCGACGCUGCUAAGCCUCUACUCCAAUAAUCUUGAUCCUGCCCUCCAAUCUUGGAGCGAUGCCCUUCGUCCACGCCACAGCGAACUCAUCGCCCUUUCGCUCCACCAUCCUUGGGUUUCCAGGUAUACCGGCAAGUCUCCACCACUUCUUCAUAACUUUUCGCAUGAUAUGAAGCUCUCGCUCGCGUGCGGGAUUGUGAGACAGCUCCUCCUCGUCCUGUUCGUCAUCGCUACUGUCCGACAAGACCUCAGACUGAUCCGACCCAACCUGAUCCAACUUCCGCGACUUCGCAGGACGAGCAGGUAGGUCUGACACCUGUCUUCGAUGCUGCUGCUGUGCUCGUCCGAUCAGUGACUCGCGCGUGUCGCCACUCACACCUGUCGCCUGUGAACCUUCUGUCGUUACAUCUACUGGCUGUGCGAUCUUCGCG